AUGACAAGCACAUCAUCAUCUGACGAUAAUUCAACCGGAGGAUUUGGGAGUGAUACAGUACAAGCAGGAGAAGAGCCUCCAGAUGAUGAGUUUGCAGGCAUAUUACAGCAGAUAGCUUACGACCUUUACGACGAAGCCAAGAUUGACAGCCUUGCUGGUCAGCUGGGAAUCCUACAUGGUGAUAUACAGAGAGCGCUCAUGACCAAUGUGAAGUUCAACCGUGUUACCAGUGACGGAACUCAUCAUAUGCUGAAACAAUGGAGAGAAGGUGUGUCUAGGGAAGAUGAACGGAUUGAACUCAGGAAGGCACUGCAAGCUGCCGAGUUGGUCAACCUUGCAGACCUGUAUCUCAGCGAAGAAUCAGGCAGCAACCAAUCAACACUAGGCGAAGGAAAUAUAUCUGGAGCAACAAAAACAAAUGUGAUGGAAGUUGCUGAAAGUAACAUAAAACUUUUGCCUACAAGUGAUAACAAAAAAAUUGCUAAAAUUUCGCAAGGUAUUACUCGUGAAGAGAUCACAAAGGUGAAGUCAUCCGCACUUGAUAUAACCUACAGCAUGUGGGACUUUGGAGGACAGGAAAUUUACUACAUCACACAUCCACUUUUUCUGUCGUGGCGGUCUCUUUACAUUCUGGUUAUCCCGCUACACCUGGAGCUGAGUGAUAAAGCACCACGCGAAGAAGAUGUCGAAAAUGCUCAAAAGCAAUUGAAAGGGUCUGCUGUAAGAACACAUCAUACCAUUCUGGAAUUGGUACAUUUUUGGUUGAUGUCAGUCUACACCUAUGCAGUACCAGAUUCUCACCAUGAACCAAAGGUCUUGUUAAUAGGAACAUUUGCCGGUGAUGAGGGCCCUGAAAUCAUUGGGGAAAAGGUCAAGGACAAAUUCCAAGAACUGAAGAAACAGUUAGGAUCUAAACCCUAUUGGAAGCAAGUUCUCUUUCCCAUGUGUGGGAUUGACAAUCGAUUUUCUCAAGGGUCUGAAGUGAAUAAAAUUCAAGAUCGCAUUGAUGGACUCGUAAAGGACUCGGCAUACAUGAAAGUUCUGAUGCCAAUUAAAUGGAGAACAUUUUUAACUGAAAUAGAGGACAGUGAUCGAAAGACUCUGACAGUGACAGAGGCACACUCAACAAUGAAAACUUUGGGAAUCAACGACCUCAAAGAAGUGUAUGCCAUUCUAAAGUUCUACCAUGACAUAGGACACCUCAUAUAUCAUGAGGGAUGUGAGCUUAUUGUACUUAAGCCACAGUUUCUGAACAGCAUCGUCAGUAAUAUCAUAACAGUCAUGGAUGACAAGACAAUGGAGGAGGGCCUAGCCAAAUAUUGGAGAGAUCUCAUGGAAAAGGGUAUCCUUAGUAUAGAAUUGAUCGAAGCUGUCUGGGAGCAACAUAAAGGAGACCAUGAUCAGCUUGAUGACAUUAUCGAGAUGAUGAUUACAUUUGAUCUGAUCUGUGAAAUACCCGAUAGGCCUGAUGGGAGAGGGUUCUUCGUUCCCUGUCGUUCCUCUCCUAUGCUUGAUGAGAAGGAAUGUCAUGACAAAGACAAUGAAGUCAAAUUUACCAUUGACUUCAAUCACUUCUUACCAGGUUGGUUUAUUUUUCUUUACCUAUUAGAAAGAGCGUUUUGUUUAAUUUUGAAAUCUAAUAUUGUAAGGGAUAAUAUCAUAAGCUACUCGUUAUGCAGUCCAGACUCGAAGAGAAUGACAAAGUUGUGA